AGAAAACCGAUGUUGUUUUAUUAAACAGGCUGGGUUUCCCGCGCUUUCGUACUGUCCUAGUGUGAUGUCGUCAAGGCAUAGGAUUGAUAUCGGUGAAUCUAGACCCAGACGGUCAAGGUUUUCUGAUGGACCGGAUAAUCAUGCACGUGAUCGCUCACGCUCCCCAGAUAAUCAGGUCAAACUUAAACAGAAUGCUUCAAAUAAGUCUCCAUUCACAGCACAAACAAAUCCUUACAACGGCAAAUCGUUUAGUGCCAAAUACUUCGAACUUCUGAGGAAGCGUAUCAAAUUACCUGUUUGGGAAUACAAGGAGAAUUUUUUUCAGACGUUAUCGGAGAACCAAGUCACUGUUUUAGUUGGUGAAACAGGUUCUGGAAAAACGACCCAAAUUCCUCAGUGGUGCCUGGAAUGGGUAACUGGACGGUAUCCUACCAAAAAGGCAGUGGCCUGCACUCAACCUAGACGGGUAGCAGCUAUGUCUGUUGCUCAGCGUGUUUCCGAGGAAAUGGAUGUUGAACUUGGUCAAGAAGUAGGAUACAGUAUUCGAUUCGAGGAUUGCACGUCCUCAAGGACUGUGAUGAAAUACAUGACUGAUGGUAUGCUUUUACGUGAAGGCAUGUCUGAUCCUUUGCUCGAGGCAUACGGUGUUAUUCUCUUGGAUGAAGCCCAUGAAAGAACUUUGGCUACUGAUAUUUUAAUGGGUCUACUUAAAGAAAUCACAAAGCAAAGAUUAGAUUUAAAAAUAGUUGUCAUGAGUGCGACUUUGGAUGCUGGAAAAUUCCAAGAUUACUUUCACAAAGCACCUCUUAUGACCGUGCCCGGUAGAACUCAUCCAGUGGAGAUAUUUUAUACUCCAGAACCAGAACGUGAUUAUCUCGAAGCGGCUAUCCGUACUGUAAUCCAGAUUCAUAUGUGCGAAGAGAUCGAGGGUGACAUAUUACUGUUUCUGACGGGACAAGAGGAGAUUGAAGAAGCAUGCAAACGUAUCCAGAGAGAAGUAGAUGGGUUGGGCCCGGACGUUGGUGAACUCCGUUGCAUUCCUCUCUACUCUACCCUUCCACCAAAUCUUCAACAAAGAAUUUUUGAAUCUCCUCCUCCAAAACGUGCAAAUGGGGCUGUUGGUCGAAAGGUUGUAGUGUCCACAAAUAUUGCAGAGACAUCCCUCACAAUUGAUGGAGUGGUUUUCGUUAUUGACCCAGGUUUCGCAAAGCAGAAAGUCUACAAUCCUCGUAUUCGUGUUGAAUCUCUCUUAGUCACUGCUAUCAGCAAAGCUUCUGCACAACAACGUGCCGGGAGGGCCGGGCGUACAAGACCUGGAAAAUGUUUUAGAUUGUAUACAGAAAAGGCAUAUACAAAUGAGAUGCAAGAGAACACAUAUCCAGAAAUUCUUCGGUCAAACCUGGGUACUGUUGUCCUCCAGUUGAAAAAACUGGGAAUUGAUGAUUUGGUGCAUUUUGACUUUAUGGAUCCUCCCGCUCCGGAAACUCUGAUGCGUGCUCUAGAGUUAUUGAAUUAUUUGGCAGCCCUUGAUGAUGAUGGUAACCUAACCGAUCUAGGAAGUAUGAUGGCUGAGUUCCCACUUGAUCCCCAAUUAGCCAAAAUGGUUAUCGCCUCUUGCGAUUACAACUGUUCAAAUGAAAUCCUGAGUAUCACUUCAAUGUUAUCAGUACCUCAAUGCUUCGUACGCCCUGCCGACUCCAAGAAAACUGCAGACGAAGCCAAAAUGCGUUUUGCUCACAUUGAUGGUGACCAUUUGACUAUGUUAAAUGUAUAUCAUGCCUUCAAACAAAAUCAUGAAGAUCCACAGUGGUGUUAUGAUAAUUUCAUAAAUUUCCGCUCAUUAAAAUCUGCUGACAACGUUCGGGUACAAUUAUCACGUAUUAUGGAUCGAUUUUCUCUUCGUCGUUCAAGUACAGACUUCACUUCUCGAGAUUAUUACAUUAACAUUCGAAAAGCUUUGGUAUCUGGCUUUUUCAUGCAGGUUGCGCAUCUUGAACGUACUGGACAUUAUUUAACCGUAAAAGACAACCAAGUGGUCCAGCUUCACCCCUCUACAGUAAUGGAUCACAAACCGGAAUGGGUGUUAUACAAUGAGUUCGUCCUUACAACAAAGAAUUAUAUACGUACAGUGACUGAAGUAAAACCAGAUUGGCUUGUGCGUAUCGCUCCUCAAUAUUAUGAUAUGUCUAAUUUCCCUGAUUGUGAUGCUCGACGGAUACUCGAACGAAUUGUUCACAGGAUUCAAAACCGUAAACUUCAACAAGAGCAAAAACAAAGCCAAGAGCCGAAAUUACAAGCGCAAACUUGAUUCAUGUUCACACAUUCAGAUAUCACCACUACUCUUGAUUUAUAAGAUGUGAAGUAGUCUUGAUAACCAUCUUUGUAUUUUUAUUGACUUCCUCUGAAUUACCCACAUUCAAUGAAAGAGGUCACUCCGCAUUUCAAGUGCUGUUGUGUAUAUUUUAUCAAGGCAACAAUAAAUAAUAUCCAGUUCAUUUAUUUCUUGUAAUUUAUUAAUGCAAAUUGAAUGAAGAUGGGUGAUUUAUUGUUUAUACUAGUACAACAACCCGGGCAGUAUCAUAGCCCUCACACAUAUCAAAUGAGAUCUGUUUGGCUCAUAUGUAUUUAAUGCCUCCUUGUACCAAUAUCUAUGUGUUAAAAUAAAAUAAUUAAUUGAUUACCAGAUCUCAGGCAUGAAUAAGAAACUCGAAAGUGUGUGUUUUUAGCAGUCAAGAAUGUAGCAAUAUUUCAGCAUGUGUGCAGUUAUCAUAAAGUGUAAUCUACACAGCUUUUCAAUAUUACUCUACUACCCAAUAAAAAGUGAAUAGAUGAAUCUAUAGUUAACGCUUGACAUAGACGCCUAUUGUCCAUUUUAUGGUUAUAUGUGGAAAUAACAGUUGUCAUAUCUAUCCAAACGUAUUAUUAUGUUGACAUUAAAAUCCUAGUUUGUUGUCAACGAGUUUUAGUUUAUCGUUGGGUCUUCAGGACUCACGAUAUUUGUUAUUACUUCGUAGACAUCUUUAUUUCUUACGCCUGUUACUCCCAGUGAAACAUAGGCCGACGACCGGCAUUCUCUAACUCUGUCAUGAGCCUUCAUUUCUAGUUCUGUCCAAUUGUUGUUCAUUCUCAUGUCCGUCUCCAUUUCUUUGGUUUUGAGGAUUCCAAGUGAGGGCUUGGCUUGUGACGCAGUUAGGUGUAAAUAACUUGAGAUCAAAUUAAGAAAAUGUGAUAAUCGAAUAAAAUAUACCACUGAGUGAUACGAUUAAGUACAAACUAGUCUCAUCUAAUCAAAUGUUAUGGAGUUACUGAUGUUGCUGACAGAAUACGUCGUUAUGACUGUUGAUCAGCUUUCUAUAGUCUCCCCUAUACUGAUUAAAUCCCAAUAGAAUUUCACGAUUUCCUUCAACAUAUUACAAGUCAUUCCCGAUUUCCUCUUCAUUUGGGAGCUGCUUCGUUCUCUACCAAAUAGUUUGGGUUCCAUAUGUUAAUUUUUGAAAUGAUUUGCCACUUUGUGCGUGCAUAUUUGCAGCAGAUCCUUCUUGUUCGCCGAUAUGCUGUCCGUGUGUGUGAAAGUCUCGAUCUCAUCCAGAGCUUCUCCAUCAAAUGUGAUUGAAUUUAUGCUCUCUGUGUUGUAUUUGAGGAUCUUGCUUUAUCUUUUGUGUAUACUGAAGCCUACUGCUACAGAGGCUGCUAAUGUGCUGGCUGUCUUGCUUCGUAUUUGUCGGUGUUGCAGCCAUAAAAAUGUGACUGAGUCAAAACCAGAUCAUCCGGUUGUCGGGUCACUGAAUACCUAACAGUUCAUUGAUCAUCUCCAAGGCCAAGAAUAACUACAGCGACUCACGUGCAAUUGACUUUAUUCUCAUUUAACUCAGUUAAGCCCUUUUGCUAACUUAUUUAGCGGACAAAAUCAUCCGCACGAUGACAAUUUAUUGUACCCUUAUUAUUUUGUGCUUGUGUGAAGUACGUAUGGUUGAAUAUUGCUUACUGCCUACGCAUUUAUUCACUCUGCUAGUCUUACUGCUAACCGCUUAUUUGAUUCGAUGACUGAUUCAUUUCACUAGGUAUAUAUGUCCAUGUUAUUCAUAUUCAUUACACUCGAUCGCUUGAUUGUACUCUCUUAUCCAUAUUCGCUCGAUCGCUUGCUUGCCUUUCGGCACAACUCUUCUAUGCUCGUUUGACUCAUCUGUACAUUUGGAUAUGUGUGGUUUCGUAAUAAACGUAAUAAACGUUUCGUAGUCG